CCUAGGGGGGGGGGGGAUUUUCCUUUCCCAUUCUCCUCCUUCUUGUUUUUUGCGGUGAGUAGGCUGUUAUAGUAAGGCUGGGCAGUACGGCACGAUGAACGAGGACGAUAGCGAUCUUUUUAGUUCGCCGACGGAUGACGAAGGCACCAAUAUCGAUCUGACGUCACAAUCAGCAGCGAUCCGUGAUGCAACCCCGCUUGGCCAGAUCCGGAUCGGUCGCUCCAGCUUACCUUUGUUACAACGACGAGAUACUCGCCUAUGAUGAACAGCCUCCGACCUGUGUGCACUACUUGAUCGAAUGGAAGGUGAAGCUGAACAAUAGGUGCAUUAGUGAAGACACUGAACCUGACGUUGUCCUGGCUCCUGGCGCAUACUAGACUAAGUAUCUCCGAUUCAAGCUAGACAAACUGGCAAAGAAGUUGCCCUCAAACGGGACAUUUCACGUCACUCGUCGAUGUACACGAGUUGGUAUGAUCGAUAGAACGAUAGCUUGUAGAGAUAGUAGUCACGGAGGCCGGCGUUCCGUCCUUUUGCGACACGUCGUGCCGUCUUUCUCGACCAUCGUGCUUACCUCAAAGAUCGGCCGAUGUUGGAGGCAGGAAUAAUAGUCUCAAAUUCUUU